AUGGCUGGCUAUGGCGCCGAAUUGGAGGCUCAGCACGGUAAUGACUCGGAUGAAAGUGCCGAAUCACUCGAUUCGCCUACCAUUUAUAACCGAAAACGUGAAUUGGAGGAAAGACGAAAGCAAAUAAAGGAGAAAGAACUCGAAACGAGGAGAGGCGGGGAAGUUGGGAACAGGGCUGGGUCGAACCUUGAAGAAUGGAGCAUGCGGGACAUGAAAAUUCUCCGACGCCCUUCGUCGUCCUCUCGUAGUCUCCGUGUUCAGACUGAUGGAUCUGAAGUAGACCAUCGGAUCGAAGAUGACGGCCCGUCAACACCACGCUCGGUCUUUGAGGAUGACGAGGAUGACGAUUAUAUCGUAAACGAAGACGAUUCAGUAUUCGAAGAGGAAGAUAGUAUUGAGCAGGAAGAGGAAGCAGCCUCCUCAGGUCACACUUCUCUCUGGGAUGAUUCGCAGCGCAAUCACGAUACGAUUGUCUUUUUGGGCCAGCGCACGAAAAUUGAAUCUACCAAGUCGAACCUGGAGUUUGUUGAGGAAGAUAUGCAAGGUUGUUCUUUCUUCGCUGAUGAUCAAGAUGAUAUCGAUGAAGACUAUGAAGAGACGGCUCGCCUUGCGUAUGUUGUCGAUCGAGAAGAUGACACCCUUCAUUCUCUCUACGACGUGUACUCUGAUAUUGGGUCUGAGGCGGAGAUGAUCCUAUGGACGACAUUGAACCGGUUCUUGAUGAUCCCGAUAGACCCUACACUCCAGCUGGAAUCUCCCCUCGCCGACACACUCUGA